AUGAAGUCUUCCACGGGCCUUCUCCUCGCCCUGGCGUUCCUGAUGGCUGCUACUGGCCCUAGAGCAGGCCUUGCCCAGGAGACAGAGUCCGGCUGCUGUGCACAGCUGAAGGAAUUAUCCCAGUGCGGAGCGGACAAGAAGAGCUUUUUCCAGGGCCAGCCAGGGAUCCCAGGAAUGCCGGGCAUGCCGGGGACAAACGGCCUCCCUGGGGCUAAAGGAGAUCCAGGCCCUCAAGGGCCCCCAGGCGAGAAGGGCUCCCCUGGGGCAAUGGGGAAGGCUGGACCCAAAGGAGACAAAGGAGAAGCCAGCAGUUCUGCCAGCUCUCAGCAGCAAGGGGCAGGUGCCAGGAACUGCAAGGAGCUACUGGAGCAGGGAGAGGGGCUGAGCGGCUGGUACACCAUCCGCCCCGAACCGGGGAGAACGCUGACCGUCUUCUGUGACAUGGAAACGGAUGGCGGGGGCUGGCUGGCGUUCCAGCGGCGCCAGGAUGGGUCAGUGGAUUUCUAUCGGGGCUGGGAGGCCUACAAAAGAGGGUUUGGAAACCAAGCAUCGGAGUUCUGGCUGGGCAACGACAACAUCCACCUUCUCACCAGCACUGGGACCUACCAGCUGCGGAUUGAUGCCAGGGACUUCAAUGAGUCCAGCACGUUUGCCAAGUACACCAGCUUCAAGGUGCUGAGCGAAAGGGAAAACUACACGCUCGCCUUGGGCUCCUUCUUGGAUGGCAGCAUGGGAGAUUCUCUCUCGGCACACAACAAUCUGGGGUUCUCCACGCGGGACAAAGACCACGACACCUUUGGGGGCAGCUGUGCCAUCCGCUACAAAGGCAGCUGGUGGUAUGGGGAGUGCCACUCCUCCAACCUCAACGGGCUGUACCUCAAAGGUGAACACACCUCCUAUGCCAACGGGAUCAACUGGUCCACCGGGAAGGGGUACCACUACUCUUACAAAUACGUGGACAUGAAAAUAAGGCCGCAGUAG